AUGAAUCGCAAGCUUGAUCCCACCGGAAUGUACCGGCGACCCAGCAGUGGCGCCACCAGCUUCCAGCGCACCCCGUUCCACCAUCAACAGCUGCAAAACCACCAGCGAAUGCCGCACCAUCAUCAGCAGCAGCAGCAGCAUCAAGUAAAGUGCCAUUAUCUCGACCCGACCGGGCUCUACUAG